UUUUGAAAACAGCCACCGUAAAUAAAAUGCGUUCUCGCUCUUGCGCUUGACACCGGUAGCUGCCUCACUCCCUCCAUUCAUUUCAUUCGCAUCCUAGCAGCGAGCCCUCCCCUUCGUUCCUCUCCGCCUGGAAAGAUGGCUGCUCCGGUGGUGCUGAGUGGCUCCGGCCCGGCGCUCUGCCCGAGCUUCGCUGAGGUCUGUUCGUUCCUGGAGCGGUACGGAGCGGCGCUGGAUCUACCUGAGAUGACGUUCCCGCAGAUGGAGAGGUAUCUACGGGACACAACGACAGUUCCUAAACCUCUUGUGGAGCUCCACGUAAAGCUGCUCAGAAAACUGGGAAAGUCUGUGACUCCAGACCGCUGGGAGAAAUAUCUUGCUAAGGUUUGCCAGGAGUUGAACAACACCUGGGCAUGGGAGCUGGAACAGAAGGGCUACCAGGAGAUGUCCAUGGAGUGCAAGUCAAGUAUCCUCAAAUAUCUCUGCGAGUGUCAGUUCGAUGAAAACCUGAAGUUCAAGAUGGUAAUCAAUGAGGAGGACCCGGAGAAGAUGCGUCUGCAGCCCAUAGGUCGGGACCGGCAGGGCGUGAUGUACUGGCUUCAGCUGGACCAGGAGCAGAAUAUCCGGCUGUACACAGAGGAGCAGGACGAUCUGGAUGGAUCCACCUGGAAGUGCAUCGUCAGGACUCGUAAUGACCUGGCUGAUGCCCUGGAGCUGCUGAAGUCCCAGCUUGAUCCAAGCCAAACUCCAGAUCAGGAGCAGAACCAGGCCGGGACCAGGAGUACCAGCCCCACAGAGAAAGAAGCAGGUGAUGAGGCCAUUGAAAACCCCAAACCAGAGCCCUGCAAGAGCACAGAGGAGAGCACUGGAAGUAUGAGGGAUGAUGCUGUAAAGGAAGAGAAACCCUUGAGACAAGUGAUAAAGCAGGAGCAGACACCCCCUAUAAAGCAAGAAACCCCUGAAGACAAGGUGGACCAAAAGCCUCCUGCAUUUGAUAAUCGUGUCAGCACCAUCACCACUGUCAUCAAAUCAGAAUCCAGGGACGCUGAUGCCCGCAAAAAUGCCGUGUCCGUCGUCAUAACACCUUGUGCACCUGCAGCCAAACAGGAACUGAACAAGGAAGAGGAAGCAGAGCGGGCAGUGGUCAGAAGCAGCCAGCAGGCUAAGAUCCCACUGAAGAAGAGGGAGCUUAAGCUGUCCGAGAGCUACCACAGCAAUCACCUGAACAACAGCAACAGCAGCAGUAUUAUUGUUUGUAAUCCCUCAGUGAUUCAGACCAAAGACAGCCAUGGAAGGGAUGGGAAAUUAUCCAACUCAUUAGCACCCCCAAGUGCUCCAGGUGCCUCACAGCUGCAGCAGCAGUUAGUGGUAACUGCAUCAAGGCAAGAACUGACCAAUGGGAGAUCGUCACUCCUCAUGCCUCACAAAGAGGGACAAAAUGGAGUAAUAGGGGUCAUAGGUCAGGUUGGUGUUGUAGGUCAUGUAGGGGUAAUCCGCAGCCCAUCAGAGCUGCACAGGACACCCUGUCCGGAGAAACAAGAGCCAAAUGGGCCGAAUGUGGACCACCAGAGCUUCAGAGCUGUGGAGGAGGAGAGGGAGGUGAGCCGGCAGUCAGUGCUGGUCAGAAAGGGACCAUCUGAAGGGGAGAUGGCAGCAGUCAACACUCCCCCUCCUCCUCUUCCUCCUCCUCCUCCUCCCCCUCCCCCUCCUCCUCCUUCUUCUGUGCCAGUGGAGGCUAAAGCAGCGAUGAAGCCACUGUUGAUAUCCUUAAAACAACUACCUGCAAAUGUACAGGGAAGAAUGGGUUCUGUUUGUGUUUCCUCAUUUUCUCAGACAGCAGAAGGAAAGGACAAGGAGCGAGGGGGGAAAACUGGGUAUCAGGGGAAAGAUGAUGGCCUUGAUGAGAAGGAUGGUAGGAGAACAGAUGAGGCAAUCAAAGCUGAUCUUGAAAAAAAUAAAUGCACUACAAGAAAGGCGGGCGCAGAACCAAGGAGCACUUUAAAAGCGGACCAGCAGGAUAAGAAAGACCAGCAGGAGGAUGCAGUCAAUGGUGCAGUGAAAGGUAGGGGGAAGGACUCUGAGGUCGAGCAGAAGAAGGGUCCACGUGAGACAGCUUCCUCUGAGCUCCAGAAAGAAGGAAUCAGGCUGAAGAUCAAGAUUCCUCCUCAUCGGAGAAACAAGCUAAGAGGAAAAGGAGUGAAGGAGGAGCAGAAGGACAAGGAGCAAGAGGUUCAAGAGGAAGGGAGAACGCUGAGGAGAUCUGCAAGGAUUUGCAGAUCAUCUGCUUUGCCAAACUGCAGGCCGAGCUCGAAGGCGGCUGAGAGCCAGAAAAAGAAACCUCAAAGAAAAAAGGCAAAGCAGACCAGAAAAAGGGACGAGGAGGAGGAGGAAGAAGAAGAGGAAGGUGAUGAAGAGGACAAGCGCCCUUCUCCUAAAAAAGACAGAAAAACAGAACCUGUUGGUCCAAUCAGGAAACAACGGGGUAAACGGAGAAAUCGACGCCCCAGGUGGUCAAACAUUCGUCUGAAGAAACGCAAACUGAACGAGGAAGAGGAGGAAGAGGAAAGAGGGAGGAAACGAGGAGAGGAAGAGAGUGAAGGAGGGAGUGACUCUGAAGAAUCAUGUAAAUCAGAGAAAAUUCCCAUUGAGGACGCCUGCAGUCACUGCGGUCUUCCCAACCAUCCUGAGCUGAUCCUGCUGUGUGACUCUUGUGACAGUGGAUACCACACUGCAUGUCUGCGGCCGCCACUCAUGUUGAUCCCAGAUGGAGAGUGGUUCUGUCCCCCCUGCCAGCAUAAGCUGCUGUGUGAGAAGCUGGAGGAGCAGCUGCAGAAUCUGGACAGUGCUCUGAAGAAAAGAGAGCGAGCUGAGAGGAGGAGGGAGCGGCUGGUUUACGUGGGAAUCAGUGUGGAGAACAUCAUUCCUGCUGAGGAGGAGGAAGAGGAGAAGUCUGCAAAGAAGAAAGAUCCCAAGAAGAGCAAAAAUCUGGGCAGGAGAUCAACCAGAACCAGGAAGCACAUCAGCUACAGGUUUGAUGACUUUGACGAUGCGAUUGACGAGGCGAUAGAGGAAGACAUUGGAGACAUCUGUGGAGCAGGACAAGGGACAGAAAUCCCCACUGUCCUAUCAGAAGAGCCAAAAAAGACUCAGCGACCAGUGAGAGGUCAGGCUUAUUCAGCCAGAAACAGGAAGAAACGUCGACUGAACGACCUGGAGAGUGACAGCACAGCGGUAGAGAGCGAAGACGAGUUCAUGCUCAGUAAUAGCUCGGAGGAUGAGGAUUUUGGUGCAGAAGAUGAAGAUGACGAUGAAGAUGUGGGCAGCGAUGUGGGCAGUUUGGAAAGUGGAACUCGCCCCAGACGGGCAAUGAGAGGAGUGGCUAAACCUCAACUGAGCAGGACCAGAGGCAGGGGCAGGAGGCGAACGAGACGGCGGCAGAGACGUUCAUCAGAGGAAGAGGAGGAAGACAGUGAUGAAGACUUAGACUCUGAUCAAAUCAGCGACAUGACUGACAGCGAAGAUGACAAAAAGAGGCGAGGUCUCAGGCGAGGCCAGCGCCAGCAGGUCAACUACUGCGAGACCUCCGAGUCAUCAGACAACUCUCGGACGUCCACCAUCAGGGUCAAGGCUAAACCACGUGGCAGACCACGAAAGGAGCAUCACUCCAGUGACUACAGUGAUGGGUUGCCUUCUUCCAGAGACUCUGACGAGGAGGAUGACUAUGAAGACGAAGAGGAAGAUGACCAGAGAAGGAGAGUAAGCAGGAGAAGAGACGAGGAAGGCCUCAGGAGAAACCGAACGAGAGACAAGCAGAGGAGGUCUGAAGACGAAGAGGAGGGGGACGACAGAGAGAGGGGAAGUCGGCUGAAGAGGAAAAUGUUGGAGAAGGAGGAAGACAAAGACAGGCCGAGGAGGUCAAAGAGGACAGACGAAGAGGAGGACGACCCAGAGAAGAUGGGAAGAGGAAAGAGGAGAGAGAUCCUGACACAGCAGCGGCGCAAACGCCUCGCUCAGAUGCUGAAGAAACGGCGACCUUCAACAGACGAAGACGAGUCAGAUGAAUCAGAGUCGACUUCAGAAGAAGAUCGUCCGGUUCGGAAAAGACUCAACCGCAUUGACUCAGACGAGGAGGAGGAGGAGGAGGAGGAAGACGAGGAGGACGAAGAGAGGAGGCAGAAGAUGAAAAAGUCAGCGGGAGAGAGGAGAGCGGAAAACAAAAACGACAGUGACACUCAGGAAAAGGGACGGGGCCGCAGCCUGUCUCCGUCUAACAGACAUCGGACCUCCAGAGGCCCGGCCAAGCCUGGGGCUGGAGGUCGCGCUGGGGCCAAGGACAGUGCAGGGUCAGGCAGGCAGGGCAGACACAACGGCCCCGUCCAUCCAGAGGAGCAGGAUGAAGAUGAUGAUGAAGGUGUAGAGGAGGAGGAAGACGAGGACGAGGAGGAGGGCCAGACAGACUCUUUAAACUCAGUCCAGAACAGUCCACAGUCAUGAUGGCUGUGAGGAACAUUUGAGUCUUCUUUUCUGUUUUUCUCUAACUGUCAGGCCUUUAAAAAAAACCCAAAACCCAUCUCCUGCUCCCGUCUUGCUCUUCUUCCUCGCUGUCGUAUCGUGGUAGCGUGCUCUCCACUGCACAUAAACUCAUCACUGACACCCGUCGUCACUUCUGGCAAAACGGACCAAAAGCUUCAUCACACCAGGACCGCCAGCACUUCAUGUUUCAGUGGACGCGCAGGGCCCGGAGUUUAUUGUGAUUUUUUAAUUCCCCGAUCUCUUUGGUCUGGGACGUCUUUCUGCUGGGUCCAUGAGGCUGGACGAUUGUAGGUUCAUCCUGUUUGGGUCUGAUGGAGCUGGACACAGGAGUCUGUAUGUAGUGAACCUCAUAACGAAGCACUUCAUUACUCUCAUAGCACUUAAAACCUGCCAACAAAGAGAGCGUCAGUGUCAAAGCGAACACUUUGGAUCUUAUCUGUUAUGUUAGAGAGGCCAGGCUUGUUCUUUCAACAACACUGGUGGGAAUUAAGUAAGCAGCCUCAAAUUUAGCCUUAAACUAAAUGACAACAGAGUUUUUCAAGCAGCUGAGCAGGGCACCAAAUGAGAUUAAGACAUAGCUACUGUUCUCUAUAGAAAUUAAAACACAUUUUUUAAGUGUCACUGUCCUUCCAUGCAGCUGCAGCAGUGUUUUUUACGACAAUAACUUUUAUUAUUUAUCAUAACUCCUUAUUAUUUUACUCUAACAGAAGCAGACAGCUGGUGAGAUUUCCUUUAGUGUAAACAAAGCAUCAAAUUUUGCACUUUCAUAAGCAGAAGGAGAGGUUUGGCCUGAUGUUUACACCAAACUUGAGACUGAGCUUAAAGUGAGCCUGUGCAUCAGGUCACAGUUUCUAAAAGUAAAUUUUGAUGAGUGUUAUUAAUAAUAAAGAGUCCUAUGCACAUUUCGAGGUAGAGGGCAUACUUUUAAGUGUCCUUACCGACUGAGAUCUAAAAUCUCAGUGAUCAAAAACAACCUUAAAAAUCCUGAAAUGCUUCACAGAAUUUUUUUCUCAGCUCUGUAGCAGAUAGAACCUUAGAAUCAAAACAUUUGAGAAUUUUAACCCUCAACUUUCACUGUUUAUAAUCCUCUUGGCCCCAAAGUUCAUUUAAAAUCAUCCAUCAAUGAAAUCAAAUAAAAUAAAUACACCUGUAGUUAGCCUCCAUGUCAUUCCCCUUGCUCAGGUCGUCAGACAUUGCCACUGCUCAACUUUAAUAACCUUCAUUAGCUUUCAUGUGGAAGCUAAAACAGCUAAAAUCCAAAAUCCACUUUCCCAAGAUGCUUUUUAGCAAAUGUCAUUGCAGUUUGCCAGUCACUUGUUUUAUAAAACACAGUGGAUAGAGCUGCAAACAGAAAUGAGAGAGUGGGGAAUGACAUGCAGCGAAAGACCCACAGGCCAUACUUGAACCCUGGCUGCCCACGUACAUGGGGCUCGACCUAACCACUAGACCAUCUGCACCCUUGAAAACCCUUAGUGAGCAUGAUUUUAGGCUGCUUGUUUGAACGAAAGUAUAGCCAUUAUCCUGCAGUAAUGAAUAGUGAACCUUUGAUCACCAAACAUUGCCCCAUUCUAGCUUUAUAGAUCAGAUAAAAACAUCUGUUGGCUCUUAAAAUUUGCCACCUUAUCCAUCGCAAAGAUCAACUCAAUCUGAGAUUGAUUGAUUAGAGGGCAGUCUGCCUUCAGGCCCUCCUCCUCCUUUGCUUGUAUGCGUCUACCAAGAUAUGCACACGUGCGAUCCUUUCCAGUAGAAAUAUGUGUGGCUGUUUCAAAGACUCCAUUAUCAUUCACAAGCAUGCUAUUUCAGAUGUUUUCUCUUUACUAUUGUUAUUAAAUCUAGCUCUAAUGAAAUCCUUGUCAUAUUUUUUGUAUAUUUGUGAUUAACAUUUACAAAGCCUGUAGUAAAUGAGAUUUUAACUCUGCAAAGUUGAUGAAUUGGCCAAACUCCAUGUCUAUCAUCAGGCAGCUCCAUCUUGCAAAGCUGAAGCGCCCUGGCCUGACUAAUCAGCAUCAUUCGAGGAGAAUGAGGCAGUAGCUACAGGUGUGGCUUAGUUGUACUACAACCUGGUAAACAGUGGUUACCAGUGGAACUAUUUGCGUGGGUGCAACCAUACCAACAGUUCCAUUAAAAGUGAUCAACAUUUCUUUAUUAAAAGAAGAGCAAAGAAUUGCACUGAGUGCUUUCUUUGGUGGAAAAGAUGUUUUUUGCUCUUCUCACUGGCUUCAGCAAGAGUUUAAUGUACCAACUGGCUCCCCUGAUAGUUAACGAUGAUAACAGCUGAACAACAAUAAUGGCUGCCUGUCUGCCUACCAGGGUUGUACAUCUACUAUGUCAUGUUUUAUCACUCUGAUUGGCCCGUGAAUUAAUGUGACAGAAGGUUCAUCCAAUCACCCUUUUAGAUUUUAUUUUAAAGGUUUUUUCCUUCCCAAACACCAUCUAUGGGGGCUUACACAGAUGGAUGUGAAAUAUAUUCCACGCCAUGGAUUGUGAAACAGACUUUCUGAUGUGUCAGGUUAGCGUUAAAGUAAACACAGGUGUAAAUCAUGAUCUAAUCAUACAUGUGUUCAAUAAUCACCUGAACGAAAACUAUAACCUUCCCAUUGUUGACUGCAAUUCAGCACCCAUUUCCUCCUUAUUUUGAAGGUUUUAUAGCACAUUUAAAGAUAUUUUUCCUUUACAUUAAUGCAAUCUUAGAAGCAUUCAGAUGGUCAUUUAAAGUGAUGAGCCACUGGUGGCCGAGGGGCCAACCCCAGCCCUCUUCGUCACUCAUUGUGGCCGAGAAUUCAAUUUCAGAAAUUGUAAACAUAAAUGAAAACAUGAUGAGGUCUGCCAUGAAAACAGAAAAAAAAGAAACAUUUAUAUCAUUAUCUUUGAUUAGUCAUAUAUGUUUGGUUCUUUGCAAGAAAUUAAAGAUAUAACUGACUUUAAUUGUUGCUCAAAAAAUCUUUUAUAUACAUUGUUAAAUGCUUUUUUAUUUUAAAAUACAUAUAAAAGUUAAACCUCCUACAACAACCUGUAAGUAUCAUGUUCUUUGCAUUGAAAAAGCAUUUUAGAUUGGCUUUAAUUCUGUGGUUAGCUGGAUAAAUAAGCAUUACUUUUUACAUUUGCAUGGUCAAAGCUAUAUAUUUGUUACUUUUGCUAAAUUAGAAGUAUCUACAGUGCUGUACAGAGCUUUUAGGCAUGUUUGGGCCAAAAUUUGAGGCUGUAGUAAGACGUAUAAUGGAGAAUAAGCUCAACUGAGGGCACCAUUGGGCAGUAAGGAAGAUUGACACAACCCUGGUCAUGCUCUUGGUGCCCUUGCUUACAGCCAGGGGCAUGGGAAAAUAAUCUGUUAAAAAUAAUAAAAUUCACACCUUUAAGGUGGAGUAAGGGUUGGAUGUGGUGAGUAAGCAUGGUCUAGAGUACUGUCUGUUUGGAUAGUAGGGUUGCCACGAGCCCCUGGUCAUGUUGUGGAUGUCCCAUGGGCCUAAAACCAGGGGUGAAAAGCAUGUGUUAACGUGUCAAGCUUGACUCUGGUCACUCUCCCUUCUUCUCCAGUCCCGGGUUGUGGCCCAAUGGGCCCCUUGUUAAAUCCUUAGCGCCCUACAUGCUUCGAACUUCUGCAUAUGUAUAAUUCUUAGAUUGAGAGUAUUCCCCAAUCUGUAACAAUUUAGCCCUCUGGCACGGAGAAGAAAAAUAAUGUGGCCCUCUCAGAAGCCAAAUUUGACCAUUCCUGAUCUAUAUCACUUAGAAAAAGACGUAAACUUUGUUAUAUUUUUUAGAUGAGUACUCAUAUUACCAUUAAUAUUCCCGUGUUUUCACAGCCAGAGUAAUGCGUCAUUUGUAUAGUCGUGAGGGGGCAUGUCUUCUCUGCUAUUAGAGACUCAACAUGUUUAUCUUUGCUGCUGAAGCACCUGAAGACUGCUCCAUAAGGCAGCUGGCACUUAUACUGAAAACUGCCAUUCGUUUGCUGUAUUUCAUUCAUGCUUUGCUUGUAAUGGACGAUGAUUAUUCCCUGCCAUUAGGUAAAAGUUCAGUCGCCCAAGCUCCCCUUGUUCGUCUUGAUUAUAGUCGGAUUUGUUGGGGGGAUGGAGUAGCAGGAAAUCACUCCCAUGAUUCUACACUACCCAUCUUUUGUUAUUGUUUUGAUUAAGAGCCCCCUGACGGUGAAAUAUACAUACUGUGCAUUUAAAUCAAGUUUACCAGUUACCUGAAUGGGGAAUAUAGCUCCAACUUUCUCAGGAUGUCAUUAAAACCCAGCUGCAUCUAAAACAACAUCUGAAGAAUAUUUAAUUUGGUUAGUUUUAGAGUUAUUUUGAUUUUAAAAGGAUCCCAGUAACAUUCAGGGUGUUGAUCCAAAGUGUUCAGUUCCAGACUGCUGGCGCUCCUUUGUGACGGCGGGACCAUGUUUGCUGUACAUACUCUGCCUGUACGCUGUUCCUUGUAAGAUAAUAGAUGUUCUGUUCUCUUAGUCCUCUUGUAAAAUAUAGUGUUAUAUUUUCUAUAUGAAGGAGAAGUGGAGAGAUGCUGCUGUGAGUGAUGCGUGGAGCAAAAAAGGUUUCAAACUGCGAGUUCAUCGACAGUUUGCUUGUUUUCUCUGAAACUCUGCAGCUGUUGAUUUGUGUGAAAUAAGACCAGCGAGGAGCCCGUUCACCAGUAAAAAAAAAAAAAAAAGAAAAAAAAAAACAGUCUUGUUACAAAGAGCCAAGUUCUGCUCACGUUCAGCUCGAUGUCGUACACAUUUUAACGGUUUUUAACUAUUCGAGUCCCGUUAUGGGAUGCCAGGAGUUUUUAAGAAGGAACAAAGCUUUAUUUUUUGAUUGAGCCUCCGAUGCUCACCAAUCAGACAACAAUGCUAACUGUUUUCUCUACCAGCCUCUGAAUAACACGUAUAUCUAUCUGUUUUAUCUGUGGUAAGUGGGCUCAGUGGUUAAUUCAUAUCACAGUCAUAUCACUGUUUAGGCUUUUGAUGAUUUUAACCUGCUGUUCACAUACACUUGCAGGUGGCUUCAUUAGGUACAACUGCUGAUUAACACUAAUAUUUAACACGGCAGAUGCUAUAGUUCAAGCCAAGCAUCAGGAUAAGGAAAAAAGGGGAUUUACUUUGAAAGUGCCAUGGUUCUGGUGUGAGUAGACUACUGGAAUCACCCACAACCAUCCCUACAACUUACAGAGAAUGGUAAGAAAAAACAAAGUAUUCAGAGAUUGGCAGUUUCCAGGGUCAAAAUCCCUCUCUGAUAAAAGAGGAAAAAGGAUCAGACUGUUUGAGCUGAGAGAACAGCAAGAAAUAUCUCAAAUAACCAAUGGUUACAGCUGAGGUAUACAGAACUGCAUCUGCAGCAGCAGAAGAUCACACUGGGUUCUACUCGAGUUGAACGUUGGACAGACAUUGCCUGGUCUUAGGGGUGGGGUAGGAAAUUCCCUCAAACACGACCAUAGCACGUUCAAACUCACUUGAAUCGUCUUCCGUCCUCAUUCUGAUGCUUAAUUUGAAUUUCUGCUCAUUGUCUUGACCGUCUGCAUGCCUAAAUGCAUAGGUUGCUGCUGUGUAAUAGAACAAGUAGAUAUUUGCAUAAGUGAACACCUGAACAGGUGUACCUUAUAAAGUGGUUGUUACACCUGCAAACAUAAUAUCUGCCAAGAAACAUAAUAAACCACAAAUUUCAUACAAAUCUGCAGUUUUAAGGUUAUAAAACCUCAAACAUAAUACAUUUCCCACAUGAUGGCUAUUACAGAGUCCUAAAACACAGGUGGAGCCAUGAAUCUUUGCAGAAUGAAUUUAAAUCUCAAAACAGCACUCCAAAGAAAUAAUAAUUAAGUUAACAUAAACAUUGUUAACCUAGCCAGUUUUAUUGUUUUACAAUAACUUAACAAACUAACUCAAAGUUAGUUUUUUGGUCACAGGAAGUAGGUACCCUGAUUGCUUAAAACAGUGCUGUGUGGCGGUGCAGGGGUUAGAGUUUGCAUGUUCUCCCCAUGCAUGCCUGGGUUCUCUUCACGUACUCUGGCUUCCUUCCAUAGACCAAAGACAUGCUUGUUAGGUUAAUUGGUAUCUCUAAAUUGCCCGUAGUUGUGAGUGUAAGGAUAAGCCUUGCGAUUGAGCGGUGACCAGUCCAGGAUUUACCCUGCCUCUCCUCCAAUAACAGUGGGGAAAGGCUCCAAACCCCUGCAACCCCAAACAGGAUAAGCUGUGUAGAAAAUGGAUGGAUGUUCAUGUUAAAACAGUUACGUGCUUUAAUAAGGAGAGCCAACACAGUGUGUCCUGUGAGUUUACAUGCAAAAAAAAAAAAAAAAAAAAACAAGUUUUGUUUUUGUCUGCUCUCUGAACUGUAGAACUACCUAUAAUUGGAUCAGACAAACCCACUCAGAGGGCUUCAUUCAGGAAGAACCUCUUGGAUUUUACUGAAUUUUUCAAAACCAAUAUUAAUCCUCUCAAGAUUCAUGACCCUGCCAGUGUUUUAAGACCCUGGAAAAAUAUCCUGUUUCAUGGCGAACAAAUACCCUGACUUGAGCAAAGUCGAUACAGUUUUAGGAGACGUGAUUUUUAUCUUCCCAAAGAUGUGAUGAAUCCCAUCAAAUGUCAUAGUUUUUUCAUUUCCAGAACGUAGGUAGUAGCAUCUGCUAUUACAUCUGUAGUGUAUUAUGUUUGCAGGUGUUACAGUGGUCAGUGAGUGUAAAUCGAGCUGUUAAUGAGAAGAGGCCGGCUUACAAACCCCAUGCUUGUUCUUGCCAAAAUAACAGCAGUCCUGUGUGGAAAUGCAGCCAUAAAUUUUAUCCUGACUCCUUUUUACCCUUAAAUUCUGCUGUUUUCUUGAGAUCUGGACUUUCUGAUCUCGUCACUUUGGGUAAUAAAGCUGGUUUUCCAGUGAUACUGAGUUGGUUUCUUAAGAUCUCAAGAAAAAACUUGAGAAGACCAGCUUUGUUAGAUGACAAGAUAAAUAAGUUGAGAUCCCAGAGAAGAAAAAUUAGUGAAAUGUAUUUGCUUGUAAGGGAAAAUUUGAUUAAAUAAAAUGUAUUACUGCACCUCCACACAGGGCUACUGUUCUAAAACCUUGUCCAGGAUUUUCCCCCUGUGUUACAUUUAAGUGCGAGAAUAACUUUAGAGAGCACCUUUAAAGAAGUCGCUUUAAAUAAACAACCAAAAGUCAAACUUAAGAGGUACAAAACCAGAAAAAUUCCCAGCAAUGGACAUAUAUUUUUUCUUCUUUUCUUUAGUUUUUAAAAACAAAUUGUGAACUUUCAGUGAGUCAGACAUUAUUAUCUGUAUGUAUCCAUCCUGUCAUGAUAUGUACAAACUGUAAAUCUUUAGCAACACAUAAGAGACUUUUCUGUAGCCUAGUCGUCAGAUCCUGGUCUGAAACUUUACUCAAGACAAAAGCUGUUUGAUAGAAACCUUUAUAAUCAUUCUGUGGAUAAUUCUGUCAUGAUAACAGUGAAAAACUCAAAUCUUAGCAAGUGUUUUUAUCUCAUUUAGAGUCGAAAAUAUCUCAUCGCACUUAAUAUUAGUCAAAUACACUUUAAAAGUGUGGAUAAAUGUCUUAUUUCAAGGAGGAUCCAUGAUUCUAUCAGCAGGUGUAUUUACUAAAAAACUAAAAUAUAGGUAGGAUGUUUACAUUCACUAUAUUGGCUGUGCAUAUCUGCAGUAUAAGUCAUAAAUAUUGGUUAAAUACAAAACUGUACCAUCAGGUAGAGGUGGUUGCCUAGGGCAGUGGUUCCUAAAGUGAGGGUCGGUACCUCCAGGGGUGUCCCAGGAUGAAUUCCAAAAAAAAAACAAAGAACAAUUGUAAAUAAAAUUAGCCCGUUUCAAAAACAA